CUUCAAACCAACGGUCAAACUGUCCAACCUACAUUCAUUCUUUUUCUUAUCUCAUCCUUAUAGAUCCGCCACAUAACCUAGAUCAUUUCUUCUUCACGCCUUGGGACCAUGAGCGCGAAUGGAUUGCUUCGCAAAGACCAACUCGAACGCAGUCUUCAUGACGAGAAGAAAUUGAUUGAGGAGGGCAUCUUGAAAGAAGAUAACCCCCUCGACUUUAGCGAGAACUUUCAGAAAUUAUGCGGUGCUUGCAGAAGAGGCGACCUCAAGGUCUGCCAGGAGAUGAUUCAGGAGGGGACGAACAUAAAUGCCAAAGAUCAAUACGAUUACACCCCUCUUAUUCUGGCCAGCCUGUGCGGCCACUAUGAAGUUGUGCAGCUGCUACUAGAGUCAGGGGCACUUUGUGAGCGUGAUACGUUUCAGGGUGAGAGAUGUUUAUACAACGCCUUAAAUGACCGCAUACGAAACCUCCUUUUAUCAUACGACUACUCCAAAUCAACAGACCCGUUACAGCCGCUAGCAUCACAUUUAAUAUCGCUGUUAACCAGGGAGCAACCGAAAACGUCAGACCUUACCGUGGCCACCUCCACCGAGACCUUCAACCUUCAUAAAUUCGUUCUCUCAGCACGGUCGCCUUAUUUCAGGAGCAAGCUCUCCUCCGCACCAGACACCACAACAUGGAAGUUACCGCCCACAAUUCCACCUCAGUCCUUCGGCAUCGCCCUGAAGCAUCUAUACCUCGGCGAGAUGCCACGGGACCUUGGCGGCGGCCCAGGCACUGGCUUCACCGAUUCAGAAAUCCUCGCUGGCGUUGACAGGAUUAGCAAGCAUCUGGAGAUCCAGAGCUUGUCCCAGCUCAUCCUCGACAGCAACGACCGCCGCCUUGCUCGCCAACGCCGUCAAGACGAGAUGGAGAAGGGCCGUGACCAACUCGAAUUCUGGUUCCGCGAAAACGUGCUCAAACAUGCCAUUGAAAUAGACACGUCCCACUCCAACAACAUCAAGUGGGACCGCGACAAUGGUAUCUUCGCCGACGUCCUCCUGCGCGCAGACGAGGAUGAAGAAACUCCCGAUGAGUCGCCAGACAACCUAGUCCAGCGCACGCGCACGUCCUCCACAAACGCGCUCGGCAUCCCUCUUGAAUCAUCUACCAGACUGUCUCGCUCCCCAUCACCAUCUUCUAACCCUCGUCCGCCCCGCCGCUCGAAAAUAUACCCCUGCCACAAAGCCAUGCUCAUCCGCUCCGAGUUCUUCAUGACCAUGUUCGACUCACCCUUCCGCGAGGCCCAGCGCACGCCACACCUGCAAAUCGUGCCGAUCGACUGCUCCCCCAAGGUUCUCGAGAUUAUCCUGACAUUCUUAUACACCGAGCGCGCGGAUUUCGGCCUGGACAUCGCAGUGGACGUCCUCUUCGCCGCGGACAUGCUGUUCCUCGAGAAAGUCAAAGCCAAAGCUGCCCUUGUCAUUUCUACGUUGGGCAACGGCACAGCGACCGCCAUUGUUCCAGAGUCCGGGCCUACACGCGAAGACGAGGACAUUGACAUCUACGAGAUCCUGCGCGCUGCAUGGCUCACGCGCGUUCAGCGUCUCGAGGAGUUCGCGGCGCGGUACAUCGCGUACAGACUGGAGAGUUAUAUCGACGACCCGGAGUUCGCGGAACUCGUAAAGGAGUCCGCCAGCCGGAUCAGUGCGAGACAAGAGACGGACUCGAUUGAAUUGCUUGACGACAUUAGAUAUUACCUAUCCGAAAGAUUUAGAUUACGGUUCGAAGACUCGGGCCUCGAAGACGUCAUGGACGAGGAGCAGCCCAUGGCGGAAGCGCUGUCAAACAGCAAUCAACCGUCGGAUCGUGUCGUCGCGGAGACAGACGCCGGUAAGACGGCGGUGCCCAUCCCCUUGCCUCACUGGGGUUCAGAGAAUGUGCCGGAGGAAAGGGAGCCAAAGAGGCAGGUCCCAGAGGACGAAGGCGUGGAUAUGACAACGCCCGAGAACAUGGAAGUCUCGGCGGAAGCCUUGCUGCAGUCCGGUGCUGUCCGAACGCUCGACGGAGAAUUAGCUGGUGAUGAAUUCGCUGCCGAUGCGGUCAAUUACCAGAUUCUAUUGGGCAAGAUCGACUCGCUCUUGGAGAAAUUGAAGCUGGAUGCCUAAUCAACCUCCUCCUGACCACUGGACCUUUGGAUUGGCGCGAGGUUUUGGAUCGGCUAGAGAGAAAGUAGGUUGCUUUGCGUCAGAGACUCUGAAAGGCGGAUAUGCAUAGCGAAUAGAUUGAGUGUAUCUAGAUGCAGCC